AUGGAUAAUAGGUCCAAAUCGGCAUUGCUCAAUUUAAUUAGUUUGUGUACCGGUGCAUGGGGGCUGUACCGUGCUACUAGGGUAAAGCUGCCAGCUACUCUGGCAGAGGCCGGUCAUCGUCAGUUUUUGACCAAUAUAGCCGUGGUAGCGACGCUGAUCACAAACGUGGUAAACCUGGUGGCUUGGAAGAGGACGCGGGAGGGUGGUAGCGACGGGUGGAGGCUCGCCAGCCGUCAAUUGGCGUUACCCGUUGCGCUGGUGCUGGAAUCGGUGGUGGCCGCGGUGUACUGGCCGUUGAGACUGUUCUGGCUUCCGCUCAUAAUGCACAACGUGAAGGACGGGUCGAAGGUGCCGCUGCCCGUGCCCGUGGACUGUGCCAUCCACCUGCUGCCCGUGGUGUACCUAGCGGUGGACUAUCUGGUGUUGGAACGGGCGCCGUUCCAGAUGUCGAAGACCAGCGCUUGGGCCAUCGUCACGCUCCUGGGUUUCGGAUACAGCAGGUAUUUGACGGUGCUGGUCGACCGCGACGCAGGAGCCGUGUAUCCGUACCCGUUUCUAGACGUCGCAGAGCCGUGGAGGAGCGGUAUCUUCGUGGUUGUGACAAACAUCGCCUGGGUAUGGUUCGUGUUCUACAAGCGGGUCCACGGGCUCGUGAGGACGAGACCUAAAACGAGCUGA